ACCACAACGUCACGACGCUCGAACAUGCGCGAUGACGUCAUCGGCGCGCGUCCCGGCCGGAUAGAGCGUUUUCGGACAGGACAAACGGCGAUGAUUGUUAUCACACGGCAGGGUUUUAAAGUGUCCCGUUUCAUCGCAAAACCGGACAAGUGCGAGUAACAGGCGAGGGGCGUGAGCGAGUAACGCGGGGAGUCGGUUGACAUAGCGUGUGGUGGUUCAGACUCCUGUUUCACGUCUUGCUGCUGCCAUCGUAAAUAAUGGAGGAGCCUCAUGUUCACUGCAUGUCCUGCAUAAGCAGAAGAUGCAUGGUCAAACCUGAACCUGGCGCUUCCUGUGACCUCAUCACCUGUCCUCUUGUAUGUGGUGCUAUCUUCCACAGCUGCAAGGCUAUUGAACACAAGCUGCUGUGCCCGCUUGAAAGGGUGCCAUGUCUUAACCAAAGCAUUGGAUGCCCUUUUACGCUGGCCCGUGGCCAGAUGGCAGAGCACCUUGAGGUGUGUCCUGCAGGUGUGGUGUGCUGCACUAUGGAGUGGAAUAGGUGGCCAGUAAACGUCGAGGAUUAUCGUUCGUAUGAGAGACUGAGUCAAGAAGCAGAUGAGGUGGAGCAGCUUGACAUGGCGCUUGCCCUUCAGGACCAGCGCACCAUGUUGGCGUCACUCAAACUCGUCUCUCUGGCUCCUACUAGUGGCCCGGAGAAAAAGACUCAACGCGAAGAGCCUGGCCUAGUCUCAAUUGCUCAGUCUGAAUGUGUGCAGGUGGAGAGUAUUGAGAUGGGGCCUAUGGCUGGCUGCUCAAAAGACAAAAUCUCCAAUGGGAUUAAUGGUCUAAAAGAAGAACAUUAUGGGGAGCUCUACCAAACUACAGUAGAAACAACCAAAAGCCUGGCCGCAGCUCUCAAUGUCCUGAUCCACCUUAAUUCUUCAGAAACAGACUGUACAACCUCUAAUGCGUCAGCUGGACUUACAGAGUGUAAUGGGGAAUUGCAUGAAACGGUAAGGAUGAGAGAGGAUGCCGGGUUCAGCUGUGAUAAAAUAGCUAGCGGAGUCAAUGGCCUAAAGGAGGAGCUACAACCUCAACAGCACCAGAAACUCAUGGAGCUUGGCAGGAGUUUGGCCUCUGCUCUCGGUGCGUUAGGAGAUGCUGUCAAAGGCAACGAGACGGUUAGUGGCUCGAUACUAAACGACAAUGGCAGGUUCAAUCAGUCAGAAACUUUGGAGUCGGCAGAUGUUGAUAUGAAGGAUGUAACAUCUGAAGUUAAUGGUGAGACUGGGGCUGUUGGGGGAAUUGAUGCUGGAGAAACCGCAUUAGAUGUUCUUACUCAUAAAGCAAGUGAGUGUAGCCCAGUCAUGUUGGAAGACGUAGAUAGGCGAGGUUUCUGUAAUGGCUCUCAUAGUAUUGUAGAUCACUUAAUGGAAUCGACCACCGAGCACCAUGAAAACUCAAAGUCCCGAGGUUCUUGGGAGUUUGUUGGUCCUUUAGUUCCUCACAGGCCAGAGAUCAGACACGAUCAGCAUGCUUUCUUGAUCCAGGAGGCCUCUGGAUCACAACCCCCAUUGCUGCAGCAGCCAAUACACGCUCAGACUCUGACCAUCCAGAGAGACAAUGCACUACCUAUGAUGGCAUUAGACUUUGAAGACAGGGCUUUUGAGAGGAAACUCCAAAACCUUCAGUUGCUGCGAAAUUUUAUGCCACUUGCACUUAAUGGACGGAAGAGCUCAUAUGCAGAAGUCUUUCCUCAUAGAAAUCCACAUUGCAAAAUGGAGGACAAAGCUGUGGACACAUCGGAUUUGGAUCAGGAACCAAUGGACGACCCAAUGGGACUUGGCGAAAUUGACUUUACGGCAGCUGCUCUGCUCUUCUGCUUGGAGGAGUCGCCGCGAGCUCGGCGGAUAUCCGACGCGGUCUAUGCAUUUGGGGGCACACGUGUAGACUUCGGUACCCAGACGUUUAGUUUCCCCGCUGCCAUCUUAGCCACAAGCACGAUGGUAGGUGAGGUUGCAUCGGCUUCCGCUUGCGAUCGAGCCGCGCCUCGCCUUUCGCAACCAAGUCCGUUUUGCACUCUGCGGCUUGAUCUGACGCUGGAGCAGCUUGUGCCUCGCCCAAGCUGGGCUCCACGCGAGGGCUCCAUGUUUACCUUUGAGUGCGGCCAGCUCUUCCGUCGAGAAGAGUUCCUCUCGCAUUUUCGCAAUGUUCAUGGAGAUAUCCACUCUGGACUCAAUGGUUGGAUGGAGCACCGUUGUCCGUUAGCGUAUUAUGGCUGCACGUACUCCCAACGCAGAUUCUGCCCAUCCACUCAGGGCUCGAAGGUUGUUCAUGACCGCCACCUCAGGUCCUUCGGGGUGCAACCCGACUCGGAAACUGUGACCGAACCCAAGUGUGAUCACCUUAGUGGACUGCCGUUUGAAGUACUUCAACAUGUAGCCAGAUUUUUGGAUGGUUUUAGCCUGUGUCAGCUGUCAAUGGUGUCCCGUACAAUGAGGGAUGUAUGUGCCAGUUUGCUGCAGUCUCGUGGCAUGGUAGUGGUACAGUGGGAAAAGAAGCAAUUUUUGGAUGGAAGACGAACCUGGCAGAUUAAAGACAAGGUUUGGCGUUUUAGCACAGCCUUUAGCCCAGUUAACCGGUGGGAGUUUGCAGACAUCUCUAGCAUGGCAGACCACCUGAAACGCUGCCCGUACAAUGAAGUCCUCCGACAAGUGGACGCCGUUCCACUGCCCUGCAUGUGCACGACCAGAGAGCUAACUCGAGACGGCAGAUCACUUCGAUCUGUUCUCAAACCAGUAUCAUAACGGAAACCUAGUUUGCAAAACAUAACUAAAACGCUACAAUAUUUAACCUCUUUGUUCGACGGUAUAAUAUCGCUGUGUAAAUAAAAGGAAACUAAAUAUUUUUUUCUGUUUUGAUGCUAAGAUUAUUUUUUUAUUAAUAUAUCAAAGUUUAAUUUGGUCUGAAGGUGUGUGAUGCUAAUGGUUCCUCUAAGAAAAUAACGGUUUUGCUUCCUCUUACGCAGACUCAUGUUUUCUUUGUCGAGACUAAGGACCGGUUUAAAGGAGAGUAAACCUCGGUGAAGCAAGGCUUAAUUCAAUGGGAUUAUAUGAGCCUCAACCUGUCAAAUAGCACUUGAUUUAUUUGUCUUGACACCGCAAGAUAAUCUCCGUAAAGAUUAUCAGAUAAUGACUUCUGGUUCCUGUCAGUGCAUAUCCACAGUAUGUUUGCAUGGUUGAAGAUGCCGUUUGAAAUAAGACACCUCCUAUGAUUAUUUUUGGGAUGGUUCAGUUUUGCUUCAUUUUAUGGUGACAUUGCAGACUGGUGCUCUUCGCCCUGACCUGGGAACGGCUGUCAUGAGUUCAAGGGCUUGGAUUUAUAUUGGGUUUCACAGUAAGAGAGCCGUUCUUCCUGUCACAUUGCCACAGAAAAGGAGGUUUCCAUUUACAGCAAUUUUACGAUUGCCGCUCUCUUAAAGACUUCAUCCAGAAAUGGCACGAAUGGACGUUAGUCAAAUGGCUACGUACACUCUCUAUGUACCGAAGCAUACAUACUAAAACAUACACCUUGACUUAUUUUUUUACAUUUGUUCUCCAGUACUGUAUCACUCAAUAUCAGCAUGCCAACCAUAUAUCAGCAUUUAGAGUCAAUAUUUGCACUUUACCCGCAUUUUGUGGCUGUCUGCACUCCGAUCUGCACUAUCCUCACUAACCUGGAGUAAACGGAUGCUCUGCUAUUGUAUUUCCUAUUGAGUGAGCAGGAAAAGCUUAGGUAACACUAUAUUUGAGUACAAAGAAGAGCUCUAUAACUUACAUACAUGUGGUGUGUGACAUAUCUUAACCCGUGUUCUGCAUUUAAACGUGUGCUGUGAGGAUUUGCGAAGGCUAAUGUUUGAAGGCGUGAUCUGCAGCUAAUGAAACACCACAGAUGUGUUUCUUUUAACCUUUAAGGUUUAUGGAAAGCUAUAUGCAGCAAUUAUGUGUUAGGAGCUGUUUUAGGCUUCUCGGCUUGUGUGUCACCCAAGGUUGUGUGUUCAUUUCCAUGUAAUCAAAAUGAAGUGUUUUUUUUUUUAAAUGCAGUCCAUAUAUUGUGUUACUGAAGCCAUGGUUGUUAGGUUUGUUUGUUUAUGAUCUAAGAAGGCGAAUUGCCAGUACAGCUGUUGAUUGCAAUUGCAUGUGGUUUUUGACUUAAAUGAAUUAAAAAUAUCUAUAUAUUUUAUUAUCUUCA